ACUGCGUGAAAAACCACUCCCCCCGCGCAGAGCAAACAGGCUCGGCUCGGCUCGGCUCUUCCUGACGUGGCGAGCCGCUAAAGGUCCGCCGGUUCCUCCGUGGGAUCCGGCGAUUGGGCAGACUACCUGUUUGGCAAUUUUUACGAAAAAUGUAAAUACACAGGUGGUAGAGGCAUGUGCGCGCGUGUGGUUUAUGUAAAUAAAACAGAAGUGAAACCGUGUCACUGUUCUGGUUUCCAGGCGCAAGCAGACUCUCAGACGCAAUGUUAGGCAGAUAGUUGGAGCAAAGACUUUGGAUUUUAAUACGAGGUAAGGGUUAUAAUUACUAGGCUAAUGGCAACAGAAUUUGACAAUUACGUCGUUUGACUUGCAUUUCUUCUAAGUUUCCGCAGCAACAUGUGUUGUUUAUCAAGCUGGUUUUCACUUCCUUUAACGUGAGGUUGAACCAUAUUAACAUUCUGCCAGCCAAUAAAACUACAAAAAAAACAAGUGUCAGUUCACAGUAGCAGCGGCUCUGUAGGCUACCCGAAGGCUUCUUGGUUUGAGUUCUUGUAUACGUCGACUUUGGACUGAUACUGGGUCCCACACCUGCCACAACCACCUGACGCGCGUUUCCGUCCUCAGGUGACGGCUGCGCAGUGAUGCCUCAGCUAACGGCCGCCGCGGUGCUGCAGCUCGCGCUGCUGCUCACCGCUCUGCCCGCGCAGUACUUCAUCUCCCGGUGGAGCGGCUCCACGGCGGUGCAGCGGUUCCACGCGACCACACGGUAGGAUCCGUGCGUGAACGGGGCUUUUCUUUCCCAUUUACGCAUCAGUGUAGGGUGUCUCCACUUUGGAUGAGGAAGAUAAAGUUAAUUAGAAUGUGGAAAGAGUUGAGAACAUCUUUCAUCAAUGGCACUGCAUGGAUGGACUGGGCAAGCCAGCAGAUGUCCAGAGUCCAGUCUUUGGUUGGCUUGGGACAGGAAGAGCCUCAAGAGUCACUUGCCAUAGAGAUCAUGCUUUAUGAUAAUGACCAGGGAUUCUUUGGAGCCUCCAAGACAACGCGCAGCCCUCGUCCUCCAUAUGUUUUUCUCCGGGUUGGAGAGGUGGUAAUGGAGAGGAAGGGCCAUAUGGUUGGGGUGGUGGUGAGCUGGGACCCCGAGAUGCGAGCCCCUCCAGAGUGGGUCGACAGAGUGUAUUCCAACUCUGAGGGCACUAAAGCAGAGAGGACGCCUCAUUAUAAAGUACUGUUCAGCGGGCCUGGACCCUCCUCUCUGUUAGUUGGAUACUUGCCUCAGACACAACUGGAGCGCAUCACUGGGAUGAGGCCGAACAUUCCCACCUUGGAGAAUUACUUCACACAUUUUGAUGGGGAGCGGUUCGUCAUGCAACCCUGGCUCAGAGAGAUCUUCCCCGAGGAUGAGAACGUGGACGCCUGACUGCUCGGCUGUGUGUGAUCAUGACGUGGGAUAUGCAAUGUUAAAAACCGCAGAGGAAGCUUGGCUAUUGCUUCUCUGUGUAUUUCUGACUUUUCAAAGGUGUCUGAGAGACCUAUCUAUCUGGUCUCAAGUUCUUCAUUUGUCUAAGAAAUCUACUGGAAUCUGUCAAUCAUGAGUUGUAAUGAGCGGAUGCAAAAUGCCAAUGUUUUCUUUAGACAUAUUGACCUGGUAGUCGUAAAGGCCGAGAUUUGAGCAGAUCGAGGAUCAUUUUCAAAUCCCUCCUUGCUGGAUCUGAAUGUGAGGGUGUCUUUUUGUGGAUUUGGAGUAACACUGGGACUCACUUAUGAAAUGUUGUACUUUAGCUCUCAGUUGUCCAACUUUUAUUUCUUUGAGAUGUACAAAUAUACAGUAUUGCCAAAAAAAGUAAAAACAGAUGAGACAUUUAAUUUAAUAUUUCCUGAUGUUUAAAGACAGAUUUGAAUGACUGGAAUUAAGUUAAAUGAUAACAGUAAAUGCUUGAAAUGACAAAAUUGCUUUUGAAAUCUGUGUAGUUUCCCCCCCCCCCCCCAUUCAUAACACUGUAUUGGCUGAGGUAGACAAAACCUUGAAAAACUGCACUUUUAUUCAGCCAUUACAAGUGAGAAAUAAAAUACUUUUUAAAUGUGA